AUGUCCGAUGAAAAGUCUGAAAAGCUGCUUGAGAUUGUGAAGGAUUUCGCAGGAAGUUCUGAUCAUCCAAUGCCACAUGCUACGAAAAAACAAGGGGAUUGGGUCAUUGUGAAAAUUGCGCUUGAGAGGGGAAGCGAAGAUGACUUCUACGACUGGGGUUUGUUUCAUGUACCCAGCUGGAAACCUGGGACGACACCGCUACUGAAGUCGAGUUUUUGCGACCUUUCGCACGUGGGCUGCAAGGGCAACGGCGAGCAGCUCAUCUUUGGAGCAAAGGGCGAAGUGCUCAAAGUGGAUGGAAACGACUCUGGGUUGGUGAGGGAAACGUUCAAACUGGCAGACCUGGCUUGGUCCUUGGAAAUUCCACCCAGCGAGGUGAAACUACAGAAGCAGCAGAUGGAGUUUCGGAUUUGGAGCCGGCGACUAGGUCAUCUACCUGCGGCAUCCGAUGUCGAGGCAGUUCUCCAACACUUUGAAGGUGGACCCAAGAUCUGGGCCUUCAGCUUCAAAGACAAUCUGAUGGCGCGUGAGCGGCGUUUGCUGCAGGAUCAUCUCCAGUCCCCUUGGCUUUUGGGAACUACACUUUUGGUAUUGAGUUGCUUGUGCUGCUGCUGGCUCCGGUUCUGCAAGAGCACUGGCAAUUGGAGCCACGUUUGGCGCGCAAGACAUCCUAAGGCCGUGAUCGAAGGCCCGCCACCCGACACACACUGGCGCUUUGCGGAGGGGAAAUUGUGGUGGAAAGGCAGCACGGACUCAGUCACAGAGAUACCUCGGAUCUUCGAAUCGGAAGACCCGUCGCCAAGGCCGCCGCCACCUGUGUUUACUCACAGCGGUCGAAGUCGAGAGGAUGAGUUUCCCAGAAAAGACGAUCCCAGAAAGAGUGACAACGAUGACCUGGAAGAAAAUGUCGAGCGAAGUGCCAAAAGCGGCGGCCAAGCAAACGACGAAAGGCGGCGUGCUGCUUGGACCCCAGCACCGCCCAAGUCCAGCAAGGCCGUGCCUCCACCCAUGCGACCCGCGCACUCAUGCCAUGGUACUUCCGCUGAUGGCCGGCCGAUGUCUUCACCCUGGUCUCGUCCAAGCACUCCAGCCUCGAUGGCUCCUCGAUUGGAAGUCUUCCCUCCCUGCUUCGAUGCCCAUGAUUUUGUGCAAGAGCUUCGACAUUUAAAGCGAAAGACCAGCAACGCAGAUCGGAAGAAACUCUUCAAGGAACUGCAGCUGAGAUGGCAUCCCGACAAGAACGUUGGCGAUGAAAGGCGGGCAUCCGAGAUGUUUAAAGCUUUGCAGGACAGCAAAGGUUGGUUCCUCUUUGAGGAUCGUCCCUGGAGUGCUCCUGGUGUAGUUUCUGAAGCUGAAGGCUUGUAG